CAUAAGUAUGACAUAGGUCGACCAUUAUAAACGUGCAAUGUACAUGAUUGCAGAAACUUUCGCGGGGAUUUUCGACUCCUAAUCAACAGUGCUGUCUGGUUGUGUAGUUUUCUUCCUCCAAUUUCGUUUUUCAUAGAACUGAACCUUCGUCUGAUCUCUCGAAAUUUCGUAUCGCUAAAAUAUUUCGCUGAUUUCAAGGUAUAGAGAGAGAUCGGAUUAAUAGAGGGAAUAAAAUACACUGCUGUUGAUAAAAUAAACAUCUAGAUGUGGAUGAACAGUGGAUCCUGGGCACAGAGCCUCUUGUCGAGAUUUAUGCCGUCUGGAUUUACUGAGGAUCAACCUACCCAAGUAAUCAGGUGUGUAUCCAUAGAUAUACAGAUAUGACCUAAAUGAUAACUCUUCCUCGGUUGACAGAGAGGACGUUGCUUUACUUGGUGAUGUGAUUCUUGAUGAAGGAACAUCGGUGGACCCAGAACCCUCGGACGGUGUUGAUGAUAAGCAAUUACUCAACGAACACAUUAACGGAUGUCAUUCUCCACCGUUACAAGAACGCCAAGUUUUGCACAAUUUGAGUAAUACUAAGCGGUCCACUAGACCAACAUCGUUAACAGCACCAAGAACUCAGCAUAAAGAUUCUCCAUCUGGAAAUGACAUUUUAACGCAGAAUUUAAAUUCUGAUAAAACUCUUUCGAAAAAACGACACCGGAUUGUCCAGGAAUACCAUUCCUCGCACAUUUCGCAACAAACAUAUGAUCAUAAUCAGAAUAUACUAGUUCAGGAUAAUAUUUUAAAAGUCACUCAUUCACAGGAAUCGAUUAAUGAGGAUUUAGAAUCGGGUUAUUUUUCCUUACAGCACACACCUAAACACUCCACGGUUCCAGUCAAUUCCCAAAAGACUCCUAUCAAAUCGUGCAAUCCAAAUGGAGUAAGCUCCCAAAUUUGUUAUAGACGUUAUUUGACGUCUAAACGAGUGAUUCGCAAAGUACGUGUAGAAAAGGAUAACCAAAGAAGACAUUCGUCGGAUCAAGGAUUUGCCUUUCUCACUCCAGAAAGCAAAGCGAAAAUAUUGAGCAUUCGUCAGAAAUGGGAAAAAAUAACUAGUCCGGAAUCGACACAGAAUAGAAGCUUGCACUUCAACAGGUACCCCAAUUCUAGCGAGAUUUCUUCUUUGAGGAAGUCGCCAUCAGCAGAAUCGUUAUCCUCGAGCCAAAGGGUGUCAUAUUUAAGUAGUGCUAGACCGCUGAGAGUUUCGGUUUCUAAAUUAAAUUCCGAUAGGACAAGGGACCAGGAGUCAUAUUCAUCAACUGAGUCCCAUCACAAACAGCACGAAACAAAACCCAAGAUGGAUGCUGUGACAAAUUUUUCAAAGCUAAAGAACAAAUAUUCAUUGCCCGAAGAGACAAUAUCAUUCUUGGAACAAAACAAUAAUGUAUUGGGUAAGAAAUCUACCGUAGCUGAACGGAGAGUUCUGUACGAACAGCAAACAGAAUUAUAUGGAAAACGUGUAGAAUUCGAUGGCAUUUAUAAACAAUUUAUCGCACCUAGUAUUAAAUGUAAAGAAGGAUUGCCAGUCGAUAUUAUAAGGCCUAAAAAACUGCCUCAGGUACCGACAAUAGUCAUUUACUUCCAUGGCGGAGAUUUAUCCACUGGUUCAAGAAGAACGUCAGAAGAUUUCUGUAAAUAUCUCGCCAAAAGUGCCAGGUGUAUUGUAGUUAAUGCUGAAUAUCGUUUAGGACCCGAUAUUAAACUACCUAUGCAGAUCGAUGAUGCAAAAUGUGUUGUUAGAUGGGUGAAAAUGAACAGAGGAUUAUUAGGUGCUGUUUUAGAGAGCAAAAUUGGUGUAGCAGGAGACAGUUUUGGUGGUUUAAUUGCAGCCUCGGUUGUUCCAGAAGUUGAUAGUCUAGAUUUUCAGAUUUUGAUUUGUCCGGUACUAGAUCUGCGAUUAGAUCAAUCUCAGCCAUCAGUAGCAGAAUUUGAGAACGGGCCGUGCUUUUCGAAAUCAGAUAUUGAAAAGGUGAUAGAACAGUCUUUGCCUAAUUCAGCAGACAGAUUCAAACCGUUAGCUUCACCUUUACUUCAAUCUAACUUUAAUCGACAUCCAACAACUUUUCUACUUAUAGCACAGAUUGAUCCCUUCAGGGAUGCUGUGUAUGAAUAUAAACAGAAGUUGGUAGAAGCAGAAAUAGAUGUAACAAGUUAUCUGGUUAAAGGAUCAGUUCAUUCUUUCUUUAGGUUAUCUGGUCAUUUUAAAUCUCUGUGUGAAGAAUCUUAUCAACAAAUUACAGAUUUUCUCCAUAGAUUAGUUAUGUAAUCGUGGAACCAAAAUAUCUAACAUUUACUACUAAAAAAUAUUUUAUGUUUGAUGACAUCUUCAAAAAAAAACCCUAAGUGUUUUUUUUAUGUUUAAUGAAACCGUAAAUAGGCGAUUUUCUGUUUGAUGACUGACAUCUUCAAAAAAAACCCCAACAGAUUUUAUGUUUGAUAACAUCUUCAAAAACCAGAAUAUUUUGUUUGGUGACAUCUUCCAAAACCAGGAAAUUUUAUGUUUGAUGACAUCUUCAAAAACCAGGAGAUUUUAUGUUGGAUGACAUCUUCAACUAUGGGAAUUUACGGGAGCAAUGUGGUGAAGCGGUGGCGAUUGGGAAUGUGCAAGUCUUUGGAAAUCACUGUUCUCAACUAAAACAUGGCACAUUAGUUUGUUAAUGCAUAGCUGUCAUUAUAUUCGAUGAUAUUUGGACCAAUAUGAUUACCAGUGAAACUCUAUACUUGAUAUCUAUUAAUCGACUCUAUACUUGAUAUCUGUUAUUCCUGUAAAAUAAUAAGGCUCAACUUGAGAUUGUUUGGUAUAUUGUUAUAUUAUAUGUUAUUGUAUAUUGUUGAUGGCUAUAUUAGAUCUACUAUCUAUAUUUUUUGCAAUAAACUUAUUAAAUUCAAA